AUGCCCGGCUGCACCGAGACCUCGGGCGUCCGGGGGCAGGGCGGGGGCGGCGGGGAGAAGGAGGCGUCGGAGACUCUGAACCCCGGAAAAGUUCAAGCCGCGGUGCCGCUGCCCGGGCAGGCGGCGCUGAGCCUGCCCGUGUGGAGCCCGGGCCCUGGUCGAGACUGGAGGGAGCGCCAAGCAAGGGAGCUCGGCGAGGGGACCAGCCGCUGGCCGCCCACCCCGGGGUCCUCGGUGCGGGCGUUGUCUAGGGUCGUGGCGACCCGCGCUGCCGCUAGUUCGGAUUCGAGCUGGGCCGCGGGGCUGGGGAAACGGACACUGGGCUCUCGGCAAGCCUGCGAGACGCUAGUGGCCACCCGGCCCGGGGACCGCACGUGCGACUCCCCCCCUACUAGCCGCACUGAUCCUGCAGGGGGCACCAGACGGGGGGAGUUAGAGGCUCCUCCCGCCCCGAGCGGCGCCCCCACCAGUUCCGAGGGUGUAGCCGGCGGCGCCUGGGACGCCCCCUCCCCUCAAACCUGGGACCAAGUCGUCGUCGACCGCUGCCCCCUGCCGCCCCCUCCUCGGCCGGCCAUGGCCCCAGGGAUGCCGGGCCGCGGCGGCGCCGCCCUGCUCUGCCUCUCGGCGCUGCUCGCCCACGCCGCCGCUCCCAGCUUAGCAUCUCGGGCUGCAGCUCCAGUUACCUCUAGCCCCCGCAAACCCUUUGGCGGGAGCGGAGGCUGCGAGCCCCGCCCUGGGGGCCGAAUCCGGCCCCGGAAAAGGGCGGGAGGCCGGCGGGGCCCCGGGGGGCUGCUCGGGUCCACGGGGAUCGUGUCUACCCCUCCACUGGCGCGCAGCCCGGUGCGGGGCCGCGCCGCCCACUGCCUCGCUCCCUGCGGCGGUGUUGGAGAAGGGGAGUGGACUGACAGGGGCCCGGGGAGCCGCGGGGACUCGCCCGCCCGCCGUCCUGCUCGCCUCGGGCUCCGCGGUAAAGGGGGUGGGAGAGGGAGGAGCCGGGGUUGGCGCGCUUUGGCAGUGGGACAGCAGGGAUACGGAUGGGGGCCCGAGGGUCGCGGAAGAGUACCCCUACCCCCGGAGUGGGAGCUCAGAUCCGACGGAAGGAGGCUGCAGCGGGCCUUACGCAAGCUGGAGGCGCUCCAGGAGGUCAGGGGCGCUGACCAAGCCGGGAGGGAGAGAGCUGGAGCCUCUGGCCGCUCCCACCCGGCCAGCCCCAGUCCGCCAGGGCCCCAGGCCAGCCCGGUGCUGCCGAUCAGCUACCGCCUGUCGCACACGCGACUGGCCUUCUUCCUGCGCGAGGCGCGGCCCCCGCCGCCCACGGUGGCCAACGGCUCCCUGCAGCGCUCCGAGCCCUUCGUGGUGUUCCAGACCAAGGAGCUGCCCGUCCUCAACGUCUCCCUGGGGCCCUUCAGCACCAGCCAGGUGGUGGCCCGGGAGCUCCUGCAGCCGUCCAGCACUCUGGACAUCCCCGAGCGCCUGACGGUCAGCUGGAAGGUGCGCGCCUUCAUCGUCCACCCGCGCGUGCCCGCCUCGCAGCCCGUGGCCCAGGUGCUGUUCUACGUGGCCGGCCGCGACUGGGAUGACUUCGGUGUCACCGAGCGGCUGCCCUGCGUCCGCCUGCACGCCUUCCGCGACGCCCGGGAGGUCAAGAGCUCCUGCCGCCUCAGCGGGGGUCUGGCCACCUGUCUCGUGCGGGCCGAGCUGCCCCUGGCCUGGUUCGGGCCCCCAGCUCCGGCCGCGCAGCCCAGCGCCCGCCGCAAGUCUCCGGAUGGGCUGGAGCCCGAGGCGACCGGGGAGAGUCAGCAAGCCGAGCUCUACUACACGCUUCAUGCCCCCGAUGCAUCGGGGGGGUGUGGGGGGACCCGCCGGGGCGCCGGACCCGGAGCGGGGGCGCGGGCCGAGAGCCCCACCCAGCACCCGCUGCUGCGCAUCGGAAGCAUCAGCCUGUUCCGCCCGCCCCCCAGGAGGACCCUUCAGGAGCACAGGCUGGACAGCAACCUGAUGAUCCGGCUGCCGGACAGGCCCCUCAAGCCGGGCGAGGUGCUCAGCAUCGUCCUCUACCUGGCCCCCAACUCCUCCUCUCCCUCCAGCCCCGGCCUGGAGCACUUCACUCUGAGGGUGAAGGCCAAGAAGGGUGUGACCCUUCUAGGAACCAAGUCACGGAGUGGCCAAUGGCACGUGACCUCAGAGCUGCUGACUGGGGCCAAGCAUUCAACAGCCACCGUGGAUGUGUCCUGGGCCCAGGGCACACCGCUGCCCCCCUGGGAGGGCCAGGGGCCCCUGGAGAUUCUGCAGCUGGACUUUGAGAUGGAGAAUUUCACCAGCCAGUCAGUCAAGCGCAGGAUCAUGUGGCACAUUGACUACCGGGGCCACGGAGCCCUGCCGGACCUGGAGCGGGCCGUGACCGAGCUGACGGUCAUCCAGCGGGACGUGCAGGCCAUCCUGCCCCUGGCCAUGGACACAGAGAUCAUCAACACAGCCAUCCUGACGGGCCGGACAGUGGCCAUCCCUGUCAAAGUCAUCGCCAUCGAGGUGACUGGCCUUGUUCUAGAUGUCUCUGCCCUGGUGGAAUGCGAAUCUGAUAAUGAGGACAUCAUCAAGGUAUCCAGCAGCUGUGACUAUGUGUUUGUUAGCGGAAAGGAAUCCCGCGGGUCCAUGAACGCCAGGGUCACCUUCCGCUACGACGUCCUCAACGCCCCCCUGGAAAUGACCGUCUGGGUGCCCAAGCUGCCCCUACACAUCGAGCUCUCGGAUGCCCGCCUCAGCCAAGUGAAGGGCUGGAGGGUUCCUAUCCUUCCUGACCGGAGGUCAGCCCGGGAGAGUGAGGAUGAGGAGGAGGAGGAGGAGAGGCCCCAGAGCGCGAGUCGCGGCUGCACCUUGCAGUACCAGCAUGCCACCCUGCAGGUUUUCACCCAGUUCCACACGACGUCAUCGGAGGGCACCGACCAGGUGGUCACCAUGCUGGGCCCGGACUGGCUGGUGGAAGUCACCGACCUGGUCAGUGACUUCAUGCGGGUGGGUGACCCCCGAGUGGCACGCAUGGUAGACAGCAGCACGCUGGCUGGGCUGGAGCCAGGCACCACUCCCUUCAAGGUGGUGUCCCCCCUGACGGAGUCCGUGCUCGGGGAGACACUGCUGACAGUGACGGAGGAGAAGGUCAGCAUCACACAGUUGCAGGCCCAGGUGGUGGCCAGCCUCGCCCUCUCCCUCCGACCCAGCCCUGGGAGCAGCCACACCAUCCUGGCCACCGCCGCCGCCCAGCAGACCCUCAGCUUCCUCAAGCAGGAAGCCCUCCUGAGCCUCUGGCUCUCCUAUAGCGAUGGCACCACGGCCCCACUCUCCCUCUACAGCCCCCGGGACUAUGGGCUGCUGGUGAGCAGUCUGGACGAGCGCGUGGCCACGGUGACCCAGGACCGGGCCUUUCCACUGGUGGUGGCGGAAGCCGAGGGGGCCGGGGAGCUGCUCCGCGCGGAGCUCACCAUCGCCGAGAGCUGCCAGAAGACCAAGCGCAAGAGUGUGCUGGCCACGACCCCCGUGGGCCUGCGGGUGCACUUUGGGCGGGACGAGGAGGAUCCCACCUACGACUACCCGGGCCCCAGCCAGCCAGGGCCCGGCGGGGGCGAGGACGAGGCCCGGGGAGCUGGCCCGCCGGGCACGGCGGGACCCCGACCUGAGGCCGCGGGCCCUGGCACUGCCAGCUCGGCUGUGCCACCCACGGAAGACUUCCUGCCGCUGCCCACCGGCUUCCUGCAGAUGCCCCGGGGGCUGACGGACCUGGAGAUCGGCAUGUACGCGCUGCUGGGCGUCUUCUGCCUGGCCAUCCUCGUCUUCCUCAUCAACUGCAUCGUCUUCGUGCUGCGCUACCGGCACAAGCGCAUCCCGCCCGAGGGCCAGACCAGCAUGGACCACUCUCACCACUGGGUGUUCCUGGGCAACGGGCAGCCGCUGCGGGUGCAGGGGGAGCUGUCGCCGCCCGCCAGCAACCCGAUGGAGACCGUGCCCGCCUGCUGCCACGGUGACCACCACAGCAGCGGCAGCUCGCAGACCAGCGUCCAGAGUCAGGUGCACGGGCGGGGCGACGGCUCCUCGGGCGGCUCGGCCCGGGACCAGGCCGAGGACCCCGCCAGCUCGCCCACCUCCAAGCGCAAGCGGGUCAAGUUCACCACCUUCACCACGCUGCCCUCGGAGGAGCUGGCCUAUGACUCGGUGCCCGCCGGCGAAGAGGACGAGGAAGACGAAGAGGACCUGGGCUGGGGCUGCCCGGAUGUGACGGGCACCACGCGGCCCGCCCCGCCUCCUGACCUGCACAAUUACAUGCGCAGAAUCAAAGAGAUUGCGUAGAGGUGCGGUCCCGACUCCUCCCGCCCCAUCAGGGCAGGGUGGGCUCUGUGUGAUUCUCAGCCGCUGCUCACAUGUGAUGUGGGCCGGAGCGAGUGGAUGUUAUAGUCCGGCCCCUGCAGCUUUGCUCCUCCGGGGUGGGGAGGGCCGCCCCCCGCACCACGGUGGUCCUUCCUCCCCGCCUCACCCUCACCCUCCUCUGCCCCCAAAGGUGGAGGCGCCUUCCUCCUGGAGCUGGCUACGAGGAAAGCAAUCCCAGCCCUCCUUCUCCCCUUUCCAAUCCUCCUCCCAUCUUAGACAACCCCUCUGCCCCAAGUGGGGGGCAUGGAAGUCAAGCUUGGGCCGAGGGCCCCGCCCCGCUUGUCUCCUGCUUCCCCCAUGCAGGGGGGCGGGGCGGGGGGCGCGGUUCUGGGGGGAGCCUUGUGUUACAAGCUGCACAAAGACUUUUCUCAAACCACUAUUCAGGGAUUUCUGUCCUGCAGGGUGGGGAGGCAGCGGCUGCCUGCCCUGCCAAGGAUCUUGCUGUGGAUAAAACAUUUGGGGGGGAGCAGGGAAUAUUUGUAGCAUCUGCUGGCUUCCGGGUGCCCCCCUCCCCUAAGAUCUGGGAGCUAACUCUAUAGAGAAGGCUGGGGUCAAGCCAGGCGCCUCUCUGAGAUCUCAGGACUCCGUCCUCUGCCCCCAAGGGCUGUGGGCAGGCCCUCAGGGGGAGGAGUCAUGGGUCCACCCCAGAGCACUGUGGUCUGGGCGCCCAGGAGCCCUGGGUGCCUCCCGCCCACCCCUCAGCAAGAUCAACACCACGCCUUAGCCGCCCCUCCCGCUCCGCCCACCCCUCCUUCCUCUCUGCGGGGGUGGCCACCCACUCCCCCACUGGGCAGCGUCCCAUGGGAGGGGUCGAGGGCACCAGGCAACUGCUGGGAAGGACUGUGGGAUGAGCAAGGCAGAGGGAGCCGCGGCUCCCUGACCCCGUCCCACGGCCGCCCUUCUCUCGGGUUCUACCCACCACUGUGUCAGAUUUUUCUUAAAUAA